GGGGUUACGCUGAUUAAUUUCCUCGUGGCGCUGGAAGGCGAUGAUGGUUCCCUUUCAAUUUCACUCCCAUACAAGAGAGCUGCGUUAUCAUGAUUCUAUUCUGUAUUCAUAGCUUAGUCGAUCCUUCUAUCCAUGUCCCUGAUUUCUUGUAGUCUGAGAUACUCUUGUCGUAUCAGUGUGCAAGAUGCCGCCUUUGAGCCCGCCGAUCGCGAAACGCUGCCAUGAAACUGGAGUCCUCCCUAGAAAGGGAACAGUCAUUCUUCCUACUAGAUUUUCAGGCGCUAGUUUUGAGUUCUCCAGAAGUACAUAUGUCGUGGACAACAGUAAUCGGGGACUGGAUGUGCGUGUCCAAAUUCAUUUGGCAUGUGGGAGGUGUCUUUUCUACCUGCGAAUUUGCAAAAGAUACACUCGGUGCUUGUUGCGGACAGUUGACUGCCCGGCUAUCAAAAAUUGUAACAUAACUGGAACUCUCAGCGAGGCAAGCGGUGGCAAGAAUCGCGUGUUCGGAGCCCAUGGACGAGGGUUCUGGUGCUGUACGCCCACUUUCAAGAUACUGGUUUUUCGGCGUCAAUGGUACGUUUUAGGGAUUGAAGAGGUACAGCCAGAUGCUUGUACUCUGGCCCCUUUGUUCCAGACUGGCUACACCGAGAUUUUGCGUAAGUUCGUGGAGAGUGGUGGUGUAUGACGAGAUAGUCAAGCAUGCCAGAUUUGAAGUUAUAGUAAUAAUUUCUGGCAUGGGCGCGAUUUGUUUUGGGUACAGCGCAGGCGAUGUUUUCAUCUUGAACACCUUUGAUGUCUGUAAAAGCGAACCGUAAUGCGUUGUUGUCUGUCUGCACAAUAUCUUCGCCGAGGCAUUGUUGCAGAGG